AUGCAUUCGCGCCUCACGGGUGCGAAGCUUUGGGGUCGACCGGAGGCAUUGGGCGGCUUGCCCCCGCUGAUGCUUUGCACCAAAGCAGCGGCACAUUUGGUGCUGGUCGAUCCCGCCACGCAGCGCACGGUGGAGGUGGCGGCCUCGGAGUAUUGGAAGAAACCCUUCAGCUCAGUGGCCAUCCCAUCGAAGCUCACGGAAUUCAUCGUUCUGGACGUGAAUGAGGAAGGCCCCCCGGGGCGAGGCCACUGUGAGUUUGAGGUGGCUCGCGCCUCGGACUUUGGCCAAAACGAUGAGCGCCUUCUCGUGCGAUCACACUUAGGCGGUGGGAAGCUGCAGGUGGGUGAUUCGGUCCUGGGCUACGACCUGCGGACGCUGCACCUCAUGGGUGUGGACGAUGAAGAACUUAGUGCCGUUCCUUUGGAGGUCUACUUGGUGAAGAAGAAGCGACCAGAACGUGCUCGCCCCAAACGCCGGCCUGGCAAAGGCUCCCGGCUGGCGCAGCUGCGGCAGGCCAAGGCGCAAGAGGCUUCGAUUGAGAGUGCCUUACAGGCAGAGGCCGAGGUGGCUGAAGUCGCCGAGGCGGAUGGAGCAGAAGAGGACGAGGCGAUGAAGCAGGCAGCCGAUCUUCUCCUAUCACAGCUCGGCGCGAAGCCCGAGGACACCGAGGCAGCGGACGCACCCGAGCUUCGCGACCCUGGCGGCUACCCAGAUUCCCAGCCAGGUUUGCCAGGGCCUGGUGAGGAUUUGGCAUCGUGA